UGUUAGUCCAGUCCACCAGGUCCGCCGAUCCGAGUCCCAUGACUCCCAGACCGGAUGGAAAACAGCUCAAAAAUGUAUUUCCCAUAAUCUCACUCUGUUCUGAUCUGUCAAUAUUCCCAACGCCAAUCUAUUUCAUUACUACUCCAUACAGUGGCUCCCAACCCCGCAAACGUGACCCCACUCUCUCUUCCUGCACGCUCUUCGGGCGAAGGGAGACCAAGUAAUUCGAGACCAUGCGAAGCUUCUCCCUUUCCCCCGACUGGUGGUGGCACAAGUACCUGUAAAUACAGAAAUCAACGAACCAUUUUACUCC